AUGUCAGGGCAGGAGACCAGUCCCAGUCUGAGCUGGACUCUAGACCUGAGGACCAGUCCCAGUCUGAGCUGGACUCUAGACCUGAGGACCAGUCCCAGUCUGACUCUAGACCUGAGGACCAGUCCCAGUCUGACCUGGACUCUAGACCUGAGGACCAGUCCCAGUCUGACCUGGACUGUAGACCUGAGGACCAGUCCCAGUCUGACCUGGACUGUAGACCUGAGGACCAGUCCCAGUCUGACACUAGACCUGAGGACAGUUCAGUUUAAAACAGGGCGUUAUGGAGGAAUAAGAACCCAUUAUUCCAAGAAAAACACACAGUUCCUACAGUAG